AUGGAAUCUGAGAGACCAUCGACGUUGACGGCUCUGGCAUCGAGGCCCUCCUCCGACAUCGAAGCCACCGGCAUUGAAGGCGCAAUCCUCCGCUUCCACUCGGGUGAAGAAGAGGGCCAAGUCAAGAAACUCCUCGAAGACUGUUGUGACCCGGGUCAGUUCUUUGCAAUGACAAAAGAGAAUUCUCCUGUGGGAAAGAAUCUGUGGUUCGAUGGGGAAUUUCUGUACUCCUUCACCAUCGACAACAAAACCUUCUCCCUGUUCCCCAAGGCAACCCCAUUCCAGCUGCCAUUGAAGAAGUGCUCCGUGGUGGGAAACGGUGGGAUUCUGAAGAGGAGCGGCUGUGGCAGACAGAUAGAUCAAGCGGACUUUGUCAUGCGAUGCAACCUCCCGCCUCUCUCCAGUCGAUACAGCCAGGACGUCGGGUCCAAGACUCAGCUGGUCACGGCAAACCCCAGCAUCAUUCAGAAAAGGUAA